AUGAUCCAAAUCAAGAGCAUCAUCACCGCCGUGCUCGGUCUAACUGUUGCAACAUGUACUCCUAUCGUACAGCGAUCGGCGGCAACAGUUUUAACUGAUCUCGCAACCAUUGGUACCGAUCUUUCCACCCUGACCACUGCCGUCCAAAGCUAUGCAGGAGGAUUGACCGAUGCUUUGGUCAUUGCAACCGACGAGACCACUCUGGACACGGCCAUUAACCAGGCAACCACCGACGCAACCGCCGCAACUAGCUUUUCAGCCUCUGAUAGCACUAGUGUCGUCGCCGCCGUUGCAUCGCUAGCUCCUAAGAUUACGACCGGGCUCAGUGCUUUGGCUUCCAAGGAGAGCCUCUUUGCUGCCUCUGGCCUUGAUAGCCUUGUCCUGAGUCUCUUGCAGACCCUACAAACCGAUACCGAUGCGCUUGGUGCUGCUCUUCAGGCAAAGGCUCAGUCCACUGAUGUUGCGACCCUCAAGAGUUACCAGACACAGAUCGAUGCUGGAUUUGCGUCCGUUAUCGCCGUGUAUUAGCACAUGCAACUCGAUAGUACUUUAGGACCAUAUAGCUAUGCCCUGGAGGAAAGGGCGCACUGUCUGACGGAACGGAAGUGGAGGCAAAGAGGCGUGAGACUUUGUUUGGAUCUCGGAUGUAGUGUAAAUGUUCUUUCUCCCUAAUUGAACGUUACUUCUUGUGGGAUAGCCAG